CCCUUCUUCCUCACACUCUGUUCAUUUUUGUUCUAUCUUUUACGUAAUGGAGUAGACAAAAAAAGCUGUCACCAGAGCAUCAUUCUCUCUUUAACUGGCUUCUCGGCAUUGGGUUUUGGUUUUUCUUCCAUUUAAACCCACAACCAAACACACAUACACACACAGACAGAGAGAACAGAGCUAGAGGAUAAACCACUCGUCUUUUCGUGUUCUGUGAACAAACCUAAAACAAUCCAUAUCUUACUACCCUUCUCAUUCCCUCAAGUUUUGGACUUGUAGUUCUUCGAAUAAGGUGGGGGCUACUACUUCUACUACUGCUGCUACUGCUACUACUGCUUAGAGCCUUGUUUGGUGGCCUCUGUUUCUUCAACCCUUUUGCUUCCUUCCUCUGUUAAAAAGCAGCCAUUGUUUCUACCAUUUUAACUCUUGAGCAUUGUAGUGCUGAGAGAGAGAUAACAGAAGGUGGAGUCCAGACAGAGGAGGGUGAAGGAAGAGAUGUCUGCAAGGCUUACCUAUUCCUUACCAGAUGACAAUCAGAGUCUUCAUAAGCAAAUUGGCUGCAUGAAUGGCAUUUUUCAGAUAUUUGACCGGCGUUAUAUCCUCGGCGGCCGGGAUAUGGCCGGCCGCAACCGCAAGAAACUCCUUCCACCGCCAGGUCAUAACGAAGGCCACCAAAUGGAGCCAAAAAGUGCCUCUGAGAGAACUCCGGGGAAAAACCAGAAGAAGACUACGAAGGAGAAACAAAGAGCCUCCACAGAGUCAUCCAGAACCUCGUUUUCUUCUACAACUUCAUGUUCUUCAAGUUUUUCAUCUCUUGAUGCUAACAACAGAGCAGCUCACCUCGAAACAACGUUGCCCAGCCAUGUCGAUUUUCCUGGAAACAAAAUUCGGGAGUUUCUGAAGAACCAACAUAAUGCUGCUGCCGCUGCUAAGCAAUUGGGCUGCCAAUCCUUGGAGUUCCGGGAUAUUGUCAAGGACAAUAUGAACAAAGAAGCUUGUAGAAUUUCAGUCAGGACUGUGGCUGGAGAAGCAGUGAAUCCUAAAUUAAAACAUGUGGACUCUCCAAGACCGGUGAGAUCGGUCGAGUACCACGAUUCAAAGAAUUCGGGAUCGAACGAUUCAUUUCGUGUUCUUGCGAGGUUGCGAGAAGCAAACCGAUGUGCCAAUGAAGAGAACGACAAUCCUACACAUUCAGCACAUAAGUUCAAUAGGAGGCUCUCUUAUGAUGGAAGGGAGUCUUAUGAUACAUUGAAAUCAACCAUAAAGAUAAGGGAAUUACCAAGGUUAUCACUGGACAGUAAAGAAAGCUGGGCUAAGCGCUCUGUUUCUGGAACGAGAUCAAAUGAUCUAGUUAAGGAUUUGCAGAAAGGUAACAGGGAUUUCGAAGAACCGGCGAGUUCGAGACAAUCGUCGACGGUCAUAGCAAGGUUAAUGGGAUUGGAGGCUCUCCCAGAUUCAACUUCAACCAUCAACAGUCCAUCAAGAUUGAUCGAUGUUUACCAAACGUAUGAACAAAAUUCAUUGUCAAGAUCAUCAAGGAUGAAUGAUGAUGAGAACAAACAACAAAGUCGGGUUUCUGGGUCCCCAAGAAUUUCUCAUGGAGAUUCAUAUUCACCCAGCUUGAGAAACAAUCAUUUGGGUUUGAAGCCCAAUGCAAGUGCAAAGCUUAAGGUGGAAACUACACAGAAGAGCAAGCUCAAUAGAAAAGGAGAUUUUAAAGAGCCAACUACUGAAAGCCAUGAACUUGCUACAGAUGUGCCAAACUCCUCUGUUUAUGGAGAAAUUGAGAAAAGGUUGUCAACGCUUGAAUUCACCAAAUCUGGAAAAGAUCUCAGAGCUCUAAAACAUAUACUCAAAGAGAUGCAAAAAUCUCGAGCGACGUCGGACAACAAGGAACAAGCAUCGGACUGUGCAUCACAAAUUAGCACGGAUGGAACCGUUGAUCAGAAUCGCAGUUCCGGGGCAGCAAGCCCAAGAAAUUCACAACUCAACAGCACGGCUUCUUCUGCCAGAGCCAAGGUUUCUGGCUCUUCAAAGCCAUAUAAAUCCUCAAUUAUCAUCAUGAAACCUGCUAAAUACUUGGGAAAAACCAGCAAUUCUUCUCCCUUGAUGCCACCAUUCAAUGAUGCAUCGGGUGAUCACUACACAAGCAGCGGGAAUGACCAGAUGAAAAUGAUGUCUACCAAAGAUAUUGGUUCACGACAAACUCAUCUGCGGUCCCUUCCCAGUCAUUCACAACCUUUUACAGACAAAAAUACCAACACAAGAAUUUCGAAAUCGACAAAGUCGACCAAGGAUCAACAUUGUCUUCACACAGAAACCUCAACAGCCUCGGGAAACAGUCCAAGAGUUACAAGCUCAAGACUGCAUCAAAAGUUUGGGAUAGAGAAGCAAUCUUACCCCACCAACCCAUCAUCAGAUUCAUGCAGGAUCGAAAGGGUUAACGGCAGAAAAGUGGGAUCAUAUUCCACAGAAAUAAAAGCCAAGCAAAAAUCUCCCACUUUGAAUCAGAAAAGCACCAAAAGAUCAAGCAAAAGCAGCAUAUGCCCAGGGGAUAUGAAUCAACAAGGAAGUGUUUACCCUCUGAAGCCCGAGAGCAAUAGAGUUACAUCAAACACCGAUACAAAAAUUGAAAACAACGAGCAGUUUGACAACACCAGAAGAAACUAUGUCCUGCAGGAUGAUGAUGGAUGCGAACAAAUGAACGCAGAAAUGAGGUUGAGCAACAGCGUUUCAAAGGUCAAAGCAACAUUAACUAGCUCUGAGCAACAAAGUCCCGUCUCUGUUCUUGACUCUUCAUUUUACCAAGAGGAGUCACCAUCUCCUGUUAAGAAGAUAUCUUAUGCUUUUGAAGAUGACGAGACCAUAAAUUCUGAAGCAGAGUCUAGCCGAGAGGUUCCAGUUCAAUCACAGAAAAGCACAGAAACCCUCAGCUCUGAGAUUAAGAACUUGAAAUCAGAGAUUGACAACUUGAGGAAGCACAUUCGACAAGUAAAUUUCAGUUACGAGGAGGAGGAGCUCUUGAAUGAUUGCCAGAAUCAUCCCUGCCAAGAAAUGAAUUCUCAGCACAAAUAUAUUUGGCAAAUAUUAUCAGAAUCAGGUCUCCUCAAAGAUCUUGACCAUGGCCUGUCCGCAAUUCAUCUCCAUUCACCAGGACACUUGAUCAACCCUAACUUAUUUCUUGCAUUGGAGCAAUCCGAGGCAGCCAAGUGGCCUUUUAAUGGUGAUACAUACAGUAAACAGAACUCCAGAUCAGAAGCCCGCAAUAAAGUUCAGAGGAAACUUGUGUUUGACACUGUUAACGAACUUCUUUUGGACAAACUAGUGGUUGAACGUUCUUCCGAGCAUUGGCCCACAAGAAGUAACAUUUCAGGAACAGAAUCAAGAGGCCAACAGAUAUUGAAAGAAGUAUGCACAGAGAUUGAUCAGCUACAAGAUAGCAACCAAAAUAGCAGUUUCACUGGUUGUGAUGAUGCUACAAGAAACGUGAUUUGGAAAGAUUUGACGCAUCCGUCGCACUACUGGGGAGAUUACAAAAAUAAUGUACCUGGCAUAGUGUUGGAUGUUGAGCGGCAGAUCUUCAAAGAUUUAAUAACUGAGAUUGUAAUGGACGAUGAAAGCUUCUACGACUAUCAUUACAGGGGAUCUCCUUCAAACUAGGGAAUUCGCUUCAACUUAGAUAAAUAAAUGUGCAGUCUAUCCCUCACUUCCCCCUUCAAAGUCUGCAUCUUUAGUUAGUUCUACAGGUUUAGGUUCAUUUGAAAUAAAUCUUUCGGAAAUUUUCUUCUUCUCGUGUACAGUCCCAGCAACCCUUGUGUGUGAAUUUAGAUCGUUGCUGGCAUUAGAACUGUAUUAAAAACAAAUAUUUACUGUAUAUGAAGGUAAAGGUAUAAGUAGCACCCUCGUUUUCAA